GACGUUUAGUUAAACUCACAUAGACGUCGGCCUUGUUUCAGAUUUUUGGUGAGAAUCAAUCGGCCUGAAAAGCUGACGGAACAGUGCCUUCGCAUCGAGGAUUAGGUCAACAUCAAGGCUAUUGUCGGUGUUAAAGUCAUAAAAGAUGGACGUUCCCGAGCCUGGCCACUGGCCGGUAGAUCCUCAAGAAGAUCAAGAAUUACGCAAAGAUCGUAUCUGGGUGGAUGGAUGCUUCGACUUUGCUCACCAUGGCCAUGCCGGUGCUUUACGACAAGCCCGUCAACUAGGGAAAGAGUUAUGGGUUGGCCUCCAUUCUGAUGAAGAAAUCCUAGUAAAUAAAGGUCCGACUGUCAUGACGCUUGAUGAGCGGGUUGCUGCAGUCGAAGCUUGUCGAUGGGUCACCAAAUCUGUUCCUCAUGCUCCAUACGUGACAGCGCUGCCUUGGAUCUCGCAUUACGGAUGCUGGUACGUGGUGCAUGGAGACGACAUCACUUCUGAUGCCGCCGGCGAGGAUUGCUAUCGCUUUGUCAAAGCUGCCGAGCGGUUUCUCGUCGUCAAGAGAACACCUGGCAUUUCUACCACGGACUUGGUCGGUCGCAUGUUGUUGUGUACCAAGACUCACUUCAUCCGAUCACUAACAGAUGAAAUCGACGGUAAGAGUGACGGCGCACCUGAUCCGAAGCGAAAAGCUGCCGGUGCCGAGGUGCUCGAAAGAAUCAAAGACUAUGCCACAGACGAAACCGCGCUUCAACCAGGGUCAGAAGUCUGGACUUGGGCAGGCAGUCAACUAGGACACUCCGGAGAGGAAAGCUCCCACGCUGGCUCGUUCACGAAGCUGGUAGCUGGAAACGGUCCCCAGCCUGGUCAGCGGAUAGUCUACGUUGACGGUGGCUUCGACUUGUUCUCCUCAGGACAUAUCGAGUUCCUCAAACGAGUCUAUGAGACCGAGAAAGGUGAAGCCUAUAUUGUGGCAGGUGUACACAAUGACGAAGUGAUCAAUCACUGGAAGGGCCUGAAUUACCCAAUCAUGAACAUCUUCGAACGCGGACUUUGCGUGUUGCAAUGUCGAUACAUACAUGCGGUCGUCUUCGGAGCCCCAUUUGCCCCCACGCAACCUUACCUACAGGCCAUGCCGCUGGGGAAAGUCGAUGCAGUGUACCAUGGGCCAACGACCUUCAUGCCGUCAACACAGGAUCCAUACGUUGAUGCAAAGAAGAUGGAUAUUUUCCACGAGAUUGAAAAUCAUUCCUACGCACACGUCAAUGCUGCGGAGAUCGUGGGCCGGAUCAUGAAAGGCAGAGAAGCUUUCGAAGAACGACAAAGGAGGAAAGGUGAAAAAGCGGUUGGCGAAGAGGCUGUGAGGCAGAGAGAGAUCCUUGAACAACAACAAGCUGUAGUAGAAGCGGAACGAAGAAGUGCCAUGAGCUGAUGUGAUAGCGUUGAGUGUUUCGAAUCAUGUUAUCAUGUUUCUUGAGCGCUCGAGACUGUACA